AAAGCGGCUUCAGCGAAACUACGCCAACGGACGGGACAACAUGCUGGAAUUGAAAAUAUUUGUGAAAAUCGCGUUGUUCGUCGGCCUCGUCGCCGUGAUUCGUCCCGCGACGACUUCCACGGCGCAUAAACUGAACGUGCCCCGAGUUUUGUUACCUGUAUUCAACAACUUUGCAGUGAAUUUCACGCUAGAAGUGACGGACGGAGGUUGCUAUAAAUGGUCAACCUCGCGUUUGGAUGUUAUUCAAUUAAUUCCAAUAAAUGAGAAUUUUGACAGAACAUGUUCGUCAGCUGUGCUGAUUCAAACCAUAACUAGAGAAUUGACAAGAAAUACUGCAAUUGUUUUGGCAGAAGAUAUCAAUACUGGUCACUUUCUGCGAUGCGAUAUUAUAGUGGACGCAAUUUUUUCCUUGAAUCUCAUCACCACCACGAGAGAAUUGUACAUCGAAGAUAUACCAGAAGCAUUCGAGGUACGGGCCUACGAUGAACAGGGAAACGAAUUCACGACUCUAGCUGGCAUAGAAUUUCUAUGGGCCGUUGGUGAUGCUGACAAACGUAUAUCUGAUACUAAAUAUAUGAGUAAUGUGUUACGCUUUAUGACCUACGAGGAGUCGCAGUAUGAAAGACCUGCUAGUGUGGCUACUUUAGAUAUUGUCGGCAAGAGAGGUAAUAUUGUUCUGAUAGAAGGUGUCAGAACUGGAACUGCCAAAGUAUCUGUUAAAUUACCGCAUCCUGAAUACAAACAUGUUCCAUCUAUAGAACUUGAAUUGAUCGUUAUUGCUAAUUUAAUCAUUAUACCGCCGGAAAUAACAAUAAUGGCACACGACAGCUUCAAGUAUAAAAUAAUGCACACUCGUCAAGGGCGCUUGGAGGAGAUCAGUUUGCCCUCGAACCAGUAUUAUCUAGAAGCUGAAAAUUCUAAUAUAUUGGAGAUUGAUAACGACCGUGAUAUCGCUUAUGGUCGCAAAACUGGACGUACGAAAGUAUUCUUACACGAUAAAAAUGUCCGCGACGAGUAUCCAGUUAUUCUACCUUCUGCCAUAGUCAAUGUACACGAGGUAGCUUACAUCUCUCUUUCCGUUCUACCGAGUCGAAACUGGGGAGUGUUGGGUUACACUCAUGAAAUCAUUGUUGAGCUGUAUGAUAACAAAGAUCAUAAAUUUCACAUCGGGGAGGGUGUAGAAGUCUCCAUGAAGAUUGACGAACAGUAUUUCGAGCCAAAAUUGAUCACACAAAAUGGCACUUAUGCCAUUGUAGUACCGAUCACCUGCGGAACAUCAGUUGUGGAGGCAACGUUGCGGGGUAUAAUCGACAAACGUGGCAGCAGGAUUGCAUUGGAGCCCCAGCUAUCUACUAAAGCUGAAGUCAUGAUACAUACACAUGUUGUAGUUCAGCCUAGCGUCUUAACCAUACCGUGGGAAGCUAUCAAUAAAGCCAAGUACGACAUAAUGCUAAGAGCGAAUGGUGGAGAUGGCUUGUACUCCUGGUCCAGCAGACAACCCUCAAUCGUAAGUGUCUCGCCGAACGGCGGUGUCAGAAUUCUGUCAGCUGGUGUAGCGGAAGUGACCGUCUCGAUGAUGAAAAACCAGUACAACAGAGACACGGCGAAGAUAUAUGUAUUGUUACCUUCGAGAUUGAAAAUCAUCGAGUACAACAUGGAAGCGGCUACAGGAGAACCGAUUCAUCUGCAUGUCGCGUUAUUCGGAGAACUGAUCAACGGAUCCGAUGUCAGGGAGAUACCCUUCAGCGACUGCAAGGAUGUCAACUUCGAGGUGUUUAUACCAAAUGAGAAGUUUGUACGGAAGUACGAUAAAAACGUGCAACCGAUCGGCGCCGCAUGUGCCGUGAUAACCAUCGUCAAUUAUCGCUCCAUCGGAACGUCCGACGUGACCGUAGCCUACAUUCUGAACGAUAAUAAUAAUAAUAAUGGGAUCGAGCGUUACCUCACUGACAACGUCACUGUAUCGGCAUACGAGCCACUCGUAGCGAUCCACCCGGAGAGUAAGAAAACUCUGCUCGCCGUAGGAUCCUCCAGAAAUGUGGUGUUUAAAGGCGGACCGUCGCCGUGGACGAACCAAUCUCAGGAUUAUUCGCAGGAGAUACGUCUGUCGAACGAGCAGAUCGUCGAGAUAGCGGAGUACGACUCGUCGGACGGGCCGUACGACAGAGCUGUCUUCAGGGUGAUUUGCAAGUCGCUGGGCGAGACGACGUUGACGUACACGGUGUCGAAUGUGCCUCUGUUGGCGAAUUGUCGACGCGCUCACGCGUCAGAAACCAUCGCGAUCGUCUGCGGCAAGCCUAGAUACAUUUAUUUAAGACCAGAAUUCAUGGACAGUGAGAACUGUCCGAUCGGUCAGAACGCGGACAGGGUAAUCGCUCACAGUGGUAAGCCCCUAAGGAUCUCCGUGAUCGUCAAGGACGAGGACGGUAAGCAAUUUGACAACAUCACGAGCUUGAACGUCGAGUGGAAUCUGAAGCCGUCCGGCAGCGGCAGCGUGGAACACCCUUCCGGCACGAUAGAGGAGAUUCGGACAGACGCGAAUGUGAUGCUACCGAAGGCUCAUUAUCAGAAUAUAAUCUACAAAAAACGCCAAGGUACUCUCACAAUAUUCGCGACCGUCACCGGCUAUCAGAGAGUCGUCCUUAACAGGCUCAAGAUCACGCCAGAAUGGCCGGCAUUUUCCGUGGAGAACGAGAGAGGCGGAGUGGAGACUCCGUUGAUAGAAGCCUCCAUAGAGUCGGUUCUGGUGAACGAUACCAUUGUUAGUCCCGAUAGAUUGAUGAUUCUGAACGAUUCGAGCAUGAAGUCGUACUUGCAGGUCAGCCAGGGCUCCGGUUACUACGAAUUCGUCCUCAGUUCGAACGACAUAGCGGACAUCCGGUACAUGGACGCGACGAGGACGAUCACCGUGACGCCGAGAAGACCCGGGGUGCUUCGAAUGACGCUGGUGGACCUCUGUCUACCCUCGAAAUCGGCGGAGGUGCACGUGGAGGUGCAGCAGCUCGCGACGAUCGAGGUCGAGAUCGUCAACAAGAUCGAGAAGGGAAAGUGCGUGACUGCCGCGCUCAAGUUGUACGACACCAACGGCCACAUCGUGAAACUGCCGUCCCUCGACGCUCUGGAUUUUCGCGCGGAGAUCAACAACGAGUACAUCGAGAUCGAGCAGCUGCCCGCCAACGAACAGGCCGCCGCCGCGCCCUACGAGCAAAUAUUGUACAAAGUUCACGGCGUAUCGGAGGGCGAGAGUCAGUUGAUCUUCGUGAAGAAGGGCGACCGCGAGAUACGGAGCGAGACUAUCAUAGUCCAGGUGUUCCUGCCGCUACGGAUGCAACCGAGGAAUCUGACGAUCCUGAUCGGCACCAUUUACCAGAUGCAGACUAUCGGCGGGCCGCCGAGCGCCGAGAUCGAAUACUCGACGGAGAGCAGCGACGUGUUGCGCGUCGACUCUCACAACGGAAUUCUGGAGGGAAGAUCGGCGGGCCGGACUCGGGUCCGUGUCCGCGCAAUCGGACUCGACCCCAGGAGCAACGACGUCAUAGUCUACUCGGAGGAUCGCGCCGACAUGCAUGUGCUGCACCUCGAGGGAGUGAAGAUCUCGACCCCCGUGACUCGGGUAAAGGUGGGAGCGACGUUUCCCAUCUGGGCAUUCGGCAUUCCCGACUAUCUGACGCCGCUCAUCAUCGGCUCCAUGCAGCUGCCGUUGAGCUUCGCCUGGUCGUCGAGCGAUCCCAGUCUGCUCACUCUGCACAACAUGUACGAGGGUACCGGGAUCAACAUCCGGUACCAGAACCAGGUGUCUCUGCGGGCACUAGCCGUUAGUCCGGGAUUAGCGACGAUCCACCUGAAUGUCACCGUACCGUCCAACGUAUUGUCCAGCAAGAGCGACAUCACUUACACCACGUUCGCCAAGAUCGAGAUCUUCGAGGAAUUGCGGCUGAUCGAUCCGGCAGCGGCGAGCUCGCGGAUUUUGAUGUCGCCGAAUUCCAUGCUGCGGCUGCAAACGAAUCGCGACAAGCACGGCACGACGACUUACGAGAUUCUGUCCGGCACGCAGGACGACGGAUUCACGGAGGACGUUGCACCGCGCGCCUUAACACCCGCGACCACCAGGUCCACCGUGACGGUGGACAAAAACGGGGUCGUGAGAUCCGGCGAGAUCCUCGGUCGAGAUACCAUCAUCACGGUCACGAACACGGAAGCGUAUAACUUGAGGCAAUCGUUGAGGGUCCUCGUGGAGGUCAAACCUAUUCACUACAUGAUGCUGUCCUUCAAGUCCAAGCUGCGUAUACGUCACGGCGAAGAGCUGAAUAUGCUGCCGAAGGGGAUGAAACUGGAGUACGUCGUCGAGUACUACGAUAACGUGGGGAAUAAGUUCCACGCCGCCGAGGCUGACGUCAAGGCCACGUUGAAUCGCGCCGAUUUAGCUUCCUUCGCCACGUCAUCGGACGAUAACGUCGUUACCGCGAGGUUCCUGGAGAACGGCGAACUGGUCCUCAAGGUCUUCAACGAAAAGUAUCCCAACGCGAUGUUCGAUUAUGUUCACAUGAUGAUCGGCGACGUCGUGUUCCCGACAAGGACGACUCUAACAGUAGGUGACGUCAUAUGCUUCUCCAUGCCGCUUCUCUCGUCAGACGGGGACCCGGGAUACUGGCAGUCGUCUGCGCCCGAAGUACUAUUGGUGGAUCCUAUUACCGGUAUUGGUCGCGCGCGAAACGUCGGCCAGACUGUUAUAAAGCACAGCCUCGCGACCCACGUGCAGAGUGAGAUAGAAGUCAACAUUCUACCAAUUUCAAGGGUAUCUAUCGUUCCUCUGAGAGGAAGGAAUAUCACUGGUACGGAAGUGUUUAGCGUGCCGCUGGUGCUGAAGAGCAAAGACGAGGAGAUUAAAGAGAACAACGUGUUGGCGAGGGGGCUAGGUGGUUGCCGUACUUUGUCAUCAUUCGCGUUGAACGCGUUUCCUUACACGUGCAACGUACAAUUUGUCUCGUCGAGUUUGUCGAUCGACGUAAAGGAUCUGUUCCUCGUGAAGCCACGUUUCGAUAUCGUGACAGGCUUUUAUUACUGUGACAUCGUAUCGAUGACCUCUCCGACUAUAGUCGCCAGUAUAUUGGAAAGUCGUAUCCAAAUCAAUGCCCGGAGCCAAGACAUCGAAUCGGCGGCGUUGGAACUCACUUAUUUACCGCCUGUGUACGUCGAUGCCAAGGAAAUCUUAUUCAUCACUCAAAGUCACAGUGGCACACCAUCGAUGACGUUCGAAGUAUAUGGAUUGCCUUCAGUGUUACAACAUCUCACUAUUGAUUUACCAGAUGGUGUAGUUGUCACCUCACAACAAUAUGUCUCUAAAUCUACAAUGCAAUAUAAAUUACGUUUGACGCAUAAUCAGGAUGAGAUUCAGGGACAAAAAGUGUUCAUUGCGAAUGAUUUGACCAAACAAAAUGUAUCUCUGCACGUACGCGUGUCAAGAUAUAAUCACUUCAUCCCUAUGUCUGGAGUGCAAUGGGUGAAUUAUAUAUAUUUUCACAGAUAUACGCUCGGAACAUUCGCUGUUAUUGUGAUUACAAUCUUUUAUGUAUGGAAAUAUAGGGUAGCGAGUGUCAAUUUAGCGAUUAGGAACAGAACCAUUUUUGCCGAUAAAUCUCCUCCGAUGUUGAAGAAGACGAUUUGUACCCCAUGUACGACUCCCACUUCGACUGGCAGACCAUCAACUUCACCUUUAAGACCAUUUUCAGCGUUCGAAUCGCCUGUUUACGGUGAUCCGCGUAGUUUCGGCACGCCAUACGUUAGAAGGAGAGAUUUAUGAGAGUCGAAUAGUAUAUUAUUCCAUAUAAAAUCAUAUCCAAAUUAUUGACAAAGAUUCGUUAAAAGAACAACAAUAUCUGCUCCGACAUUAACAUUAAGAAACGUUCAAGGUUUCAAUUAGGAUACUUAAUUUUGUAAGAAUAAUUACAUUAACAUCAUGUUGUUGAGCUACAUAAUACAAUUGAUACUUCAAUUAAGUUAUUUUUAUUCAUCAUAAAUGCGCAAUCGUUGCAAAAUCGUGCCUUAAAGUCAAAACUGCUGUUAUUUUGUUGAUACAAAAUCAUAGAAAUUUUUUACUUCUAAAAAAAAUUUCUCGAUUUUUUAUAAAAUGUCAUGUUUGUAUUUUUGCUUAACGUGUGGCAGAUUAUAUGAUAUAUAUAUAAUAUAUAUAAUAUUACAUAUAUAUGUACUAUAUAUUGUAUAUAUAAUUUUUUAUUGUGUAUAUAAUUGUAUGAUUCUGUGACAAUUGUGCGUGUGUGUUUAAAGUACAGAAAUGAUUGUUCAUACUUACAACUUACAUAUUUGUUAACAUUGUCACAACUAAAGUAUGCUACUUUUAUUUUAUUAAUAUGUACAGUUUCUAGUCGUAUAAAAAAACUAUAUUUUUGUUUACAUAAAUAAAAUGGCAGUAAAUUCUGUUAUUGACACGAUAUAUCAUACGUCAUCUUGAGAAAAUCUUAUUUUUUUAUAUAUAUUCUGUAAGAAACUGUGAUAUAUAUAUAUUCAUAAGAUACAUGUAUAGUAUAACAAUUAAGGAUGUAUUUCAUAUUGAAAAGAAAAAAUGCAGCGUGAUUUUUCACAAACAAUAGUGAGAUAGUUUAUUACAAAAGUAGAUGUACGUAGUGUGGAACAGUCGUAUUUCUUACAAUGACAUAGGAAAAUUUAUAUAUAAAAUGAUCUAGAAAUAUUCCUGAAAAAAAUUCUAAUAUUCAAAAUAUGAUCAGUGUUUCUUCGUAUUCUUCAACAAUUUCUCGUAUUUACAUUUACUUGAAUACCAUAAAGCGAAUGGAAUAAGUAAGGAAGGUAGAGUCAUUACAGCAAACGCAGCCCAAUCGACCUAUGAAACAUAACAAAAUGUAAUUUGAGACAAUGAUACUUUAAUUUUAGGAUAUAUGGCUGGAUGAAUGAAUGGAUUUAUUUACUUUAGAUUAUAUAAAACUGUUAGAUAUGCAGUAGAAUUAUUAUAAGUUUGUAACAAAAAAAACCAAUGCAACUAUAUGUGUGAGACGAG